CCGAGAUGAUGCUGUGGCAGAGCACAGGGUGGGAGGACGUUUGCAGCUCAAUGUUGAGCUCAUCCCCGUGCCUUCUGCAGGGGCUGCACCGCGCUGCGGGUGUGCUGUGCCAUGCCGUGCCGUGCCAUCCCUCACUCUGUGCUUUCAUCCCAGGGAGGAGCUGCUCUCCCAGCCCCGGGAGGAUGGAGGCCCCGCAGCUCCUGCGCCUGCUGCUCACCGCCAGCGUGCUGCGCCUGGCACAGACCGCAAACCCCUUCGUGGCCCAGCAGACACCCCCGGACCCCUGCUACGAUGAGAGCGGGGCUCCCCGCCGCUGCAUCCCCGAGUUCGUCAAUGCCGCCUUCGGGAAGGAGGUGCAGGCCUCCAGCACCUGCGGGAAGCCCCCGACGCGGCACUGCGACGCCUCGGACCCACGGCGAGCCCACCCGCCCGCCUACCUGACCGACCUCAACACCGCCUCCAACAUGACGUGCUGGCGUUCCGAGACCCUGCACCACCUGCCCCACAACGUCACCCUCACCCUCUCCCUCGGCAAGAAGUUCGAGGUGGUCUACGUCAGCCUCCAGUUCUGCUCGCCCCGGCCCGAGUCCACCGCCAUCUUCAAGUCCAUGGACUACGGCAAGACGUGGGUGCCCUACCAGUACUACUCCUCGCAGUGCCGCAAGAUCUACGGCAAGCCCAGCAAGGCCACGGUCACCAAGCAGAACGAGCAGGAGGCCCUGUGCACCGACGGCCUCACCGACCUCUACCCGCUCACCGGCGGCCUCAUCGCCUUCAGCACGCUCGACGGGCGACCCUCAGCCCAGGACUUUGACAACAGCCCUGUGCUGCAGGACUGGGUGACGGCCACCGACAUCCGGGUGGUGUUCAGCCGCCCUCACCUCUUCCGCGAGCUGGGGGGCCGCGAGGCCGGCGAGGAGGACGGGGGGGCCGGGGCCACCCCCUACUACUACUCGGUGGGCGAGCUGCAGGUCGGCGGGCGCUGCAAGUGCAACGGGCACGCCUCGCGCUGCGUCAAGGACAAGGAGCAGAAGCUGGUGUGCGACUGCAAGCACAACACCGAGGGGCCCGAGUGCGACCGCUGCAAGCCCUUCCACUACGACCGGCCGUGGCAGCGGGCCAGCGCCCGCGAGGCCAACGAGUGCCUGGCCUGCAACUGCAACCUGCACGCGCGGCGCUGCCGCUUCAACAUGGAGCUGUACAAACUGUCGGGCAGGAAGAGCGGCGGCGUCUGCCUCAACUGCCGGCACAACACGGCCGGGAGGCACUGCCACUACUGCAAGGAGGGCUUCUACCGGGACCUCAGCAAGUCCAUCACAGACCGCAAGGCCUGCAAAGCCUGUGACUGCCACCCGGUCGGUGCCGCCGGGAAGACCUGCAACCAAACAACAGGGCAGUGCCCGUGCAAGGACGGCGUGACCGGCCUCACCUGCAACCGCUGCGCCAAGGGCUUCCAGCAGAGCCGCUCGCCCGUGGCCCCCUGCAUCAAGAUCCCUGCCAUCAACCCGACCUCUCUCGUCACCAGCACGGAGGCACCUGCAGACUGUGACUCCUACUGCAAGCCAGCCAAAGGCAACUACAAGAUUAACAUGAAGAAGUACUGCAAGAAGGAUUAUGUGGUCCAAGUGAACAUUUUGGAAAUGGAGACGGUGGCCAACUGGGCCAAGUUCACCAUCAACAUCCUCUCCGUCUACAAGUGCCGCGACGAGCGGGUCAAGCGUGGCGACAACUUCCUGUGGAUCCACCUCAAGGACCUGUCCUGCAAGUGCCCCAAAAUCCAGAUCAGCAAGAAGUACCUGGUGAUGGGGAUCAGUGAGAACUCCACCGACCGGCCGGGACUGAUGGCCGACAAGAACAGCCUGGUCAUCCAGUGGCGGGAUGCCUGGACUCGCCGCCUUCGGAAACUGCAGCGACGGGAGAAGAAAGGGAAAUGCGUGAAGCCCUGAGGGCCUCGUGCCCCGCGUCAGUCCCGGCUGCACAGCCAGACCGUGCCCAGAGACUCUGUACAUAUAUAUAGUGUGAAUGGACUCUUCUGUCUAUAGUGUAUAUUUUGGCCAUGGUUCCCCUUUGUGUGUGCGUGUGCACGCGUGGGUGUGUGUGUGUGUGGGUCUCCUUCUGUCAGUGUGUAUUAAAAAUAACACGGCAAUGACAAACCUUUAGUGAGGAGCAAAGCAGAGGGGGUCCUGCUGGUGCCUGCUGCCUGAAGGAGCUUGAGGGGCUGGUUUCUUGCUCCGGGCGUGCUGUUCCUCACCCUGCUGUCCUAGUCUCUCUUUCCCCUUGAACAAAACCUUCUUCUUCCCAGUGCUGCUGCCCGAGCUCACGGCUCUCCCUGCUGUGUGCUAGGGGCCUGCUUCCCCCUCACAUGCUGUACAUGCGUUGCUGUCAGCUCUCCGUGCCCCUUUUCUCGUGCAGCAGAAACAGGAGGUCAGUUUCUUCCAUCCUGGUGCACACACGGACUGGCUGGGUGGAGACCAUCCAGCACUGCAGGACCAGCCCCAGGAGCUCCUAUGGGGAAACCAAGUGACCUUUCUCCAGACCUGAUUCUGCAGGACCUCAGCUUUACAUGGACUGGUGCUGCCGCCCAGGGGCAGGACCCAUGGAAACCCUGGGGACAGCCAGGGUUGUUGGCCACCACCCCACAGAGCUGUGCUCAGCUGGGAGCAGGGGGCUGCCUGUCCCGGUGCGUGGUCCAGGUGACCCAACAGGAAAGAGCUGCAGUCCCCGUAUUCUCCUCUCGUGCCAGCUCUGCACACUGCUGUGACCUUGGCCGUGCCAGAGGUGCAGAGGCAGAGGUGGCAGGAAGAGAGAAGAGCUUUCGCUGACCAACCUCCAGAGUCUUUUAUUUCUUCUUCAUACUGUAUUACUCUCCAGUUCAAACAGACAUCAGUUUCUUCCCAUGUUGAGGUUAUAGUGGUCUUGGCAUAAUAAACAUGAGUGGAAAUAAUAGCUGAUCUGACAAUAGAUAUUCCUUUCCCUACAAACCUUGCCUGUUUAGGAAGGCUGCGAGGCUCAGCGAGGUGUUGCAGCCUACGCUGCAGUCUCCCAGUGUAUUAGGAGGAUGCUUCGGCCUUCUGAGCCCAUCACACGGUGAGCGGCCACCCCGUCCAAGGGGCAAUGUGCAGCCUGUGGCAGAAGAGAUGGGAGAUCCCUGGGGGAUCAGGUCAGGGGAGUUUGAGGAGUGAGGAUCUACGCACUUGGAGAAGAUGCUGAAGAUACUGAUGGUUGCUUUUCAGAGAUGCUCGGGGCCAGCAGUGCUGUCCCUCUGGCUCUGUGGAUGCCACGUUGCUCUUGCAGGGCACGGGCAGAACUGGGGUAGCAGAGAGGCAAAGGGUGAGUUGGGACCACGUGGUUUUGGAUGAGUUGCUCCUGCGCUAUGCUUCCAGCUCAGAGCUUCCUUCCCCGCUCUGGAUGAGUCAGAGGGACUCUCCCAUCCCUAGUGCUGCAUGUUCUGGUUAUCACAGGCCAUCAGCCUCUGCCACAAGAUGUCCCUUGAACUACACAGGCACCCAGCCCUCCUCUUCCUCCCGCUGCUGCCUGCACCCAGCAACCCCUGGCUGGCCACUCUGCUGUUGUCAUCUUGGAACUGGGCAGAGGCACCCUCAGCUCUGCAUGGAGGGACUCCUGUUGGGGUCACCCACACUGCUCUGGAUGGGCUCAGCAUUGCCCCGGGGUGCACUGGGAUCUGCUGGGCCCUCUCCUCCUCAGCCACAGCUGUGGUAGAGCAGCAGAGCAUGAAUACUGCCCGGGACAGGACUGCAGAAGGAGCAUGCAGCCUCCAAGCACACGCAGCCUCGGGCAGAGGUGUGAAGAUCCCACGCUUCCCAAAAUCCACUCCGCACGUACUGCGGGGCAGGAGGCUCCAGGUUUCCCUUUGGCACCUGUCUCCUCUUCACCUGAAGUCGGCUCCUGGAGCUCUGGGAGGACUUUGGUGCUGGCAGCUGCUGUUUGGGAUUUACCUUCCCCUUGGUUCUGCCACCAGGACCAGUGAUCCCAGCAGGGUCUCACGUGCAUCCUGCUGGGGCCCUGCACCGCCACACCGCUGCCAUUGCAUUAAGCAGAGCUGGGCUCCAGCUGCAGACAGAGACCCCACAUCUGGGGGCCCAGCAGAGCUGCUAGGGGUGCUCCGAGAUGUGUGUGUAACUCCCAUGUGUCUGCAUGCGUUUUUUGUCACCUGUUCCCACUUGCUUUGUAACUACAGCAUGUCACCAGGCCCAGGAGGCUGGCAGGAUCUUUUUGGGGACAAGUAUGCGGGUUUGGGGGGCUCUGCUGGGCUUUUGAGACUGCUGAGAUGUGCAAUAUAGGUACCACCUGGGGCACCCAUGUCGAACGUGUACAAAGAAAAGCCAGCAAAUGCUAUGGAACACAGUGUAACAUAUAUAUGUACGUUUGU